AUGGGAGUUGUGGUUCACCGGCGGAGACGUUUCUAUUAGAUUCCACGCAGUUACUCUUAUUGUACACAGCUUCGAACUUUUCAUUUCUUAAAGUAAUUGGGAGGAGGGGGGGGCUACACAUUCCUUUUUACUACCGGGUGUAAUAUGCACUUUUCCUUUUACUGACUUUUUUAACGCUAUUGCUGGAACGUACGUACUGGAUUGCAUUGCUAUCGUUUGGGGAGGGGAAAAAAUUACGCUGCAAAAUUUCACCUUGAGGAUUGAGUUCAUUUUCUUUUCUACACGAAGCAUCGGAUCCUAUCAUUAGCUAGCGAGGACAGAACGACAUUACUGCACAAGUAUUCUGAUUUCCUAAUUUUAUUAUAACCUAUGGCUAGUUCCUCUCUUCACAGACAAUGGUCCGUGGUCCAGUAUUUACACUGUAUCUUCCUUUGCCGCAUAACUACGCUGUAGUUCGCACCUCAUUUAUUUAUUUAUUUAAUUUCCCGUUGCCCCCGCCUUUCGCAUGGUAAAAAAGGAUGAGCUUUUUGCACAUUCCAAACCUUGGACGAGAAGACCGCUUUAAAGCAUUCAGUUACCAAAAGCAUUGGCUUUAAUAACAAAAUUUUCACAAUAUGUAUCAUGGGAGUAGUAGUUUUUUCCAGUGCAGCUGUUUUGAUGUCUUUUUCCGGGCAUAAUGGUGUUAUUUGUAGAUCACGAGCUUCCCAGCUGUGGAAUGAAUCAUCCGGCGGGCUCAGUCAAGUGAGGAUCGUCUGCCUGGCUGUGCGAAGUGAAAAUGAGUCCCGAGAAGGAAUUCUGAAAGGAAGGGGCUGGAGCCUUUGCUCUGAUCUUAAGGAAGAAAUGGGGAAAGGGGGGAGAAACCCUGCCUGCUUUACAAACUAUAUAAUAGUUAGCUUGUGGCUUCUGCUGGUCCGAUUUGUUUCUUGGGAACCCGUAAAGGCGAGGCCUUUGCUUCAUCCUAACAAGAGCUGUGGUACCUGUGGAAAGCCUAAUGUUGUGCUGGUGAUGUGCGAUUCUUUUGAUGGAAGGCUAACGUUUUCCCCAGAAAAUGAAACAGUAGUUUUGCCUUUUAUAAAUCUCAUGAGGAGGCAAGGCAGUCUCUUUCUUAAUGCCUACACCAAUUCUCCCAUUUGCUGUCCAUCCCGUGCAGCUAUGUGGAGUGGCCUUUUCACUCACUUAACUGAGUCCUGGAACAACUUCAAGGGCUUAGAUCCAAAUUAUACAACAUGGAUGGACCUUAUGGAAAAGAAAGGCUACUAUACCAAAAAAUAUGGAAAACUAGAUUAUACUUCUGGACAUCAUUCAUUAAGUAACCGUGUGGAGGCUUGGACCAGAAAUGUUGAUUUUUUGCUUCAGCAAGAAGGCAGACCUGUGGCUAAACUCAUAGGCAACAAGACAUAUAUAAGAGUCAUGCAAAAAGAUUGGAAGGUUACUGAAGAAGCAGCAAAUUGGAUAAAAAAUGAGGCAACUAAACUAUCACAGCCCUUUGCUCUGUACCUCGGACUAAAUUUGCCUCACCCAUAUCCUUCACCAUCCUCAGGAGAAAAUUAUGGGGCAUCCACAUUUCUUACAUCUCCAUAUUGGCUACAAAGGGUGAUUUAUGAUGCCAUAAAGAUUCCCAAAUGGCCUCCAUUUUCAGAAAUGCACCCAGUUGAUUAUUAUUCUACUUAUACCAAGAACUGCAGUGGGCAAUUUACACAGGAAGAAAUCAGAAACAUUCGAGCACAUUAUUAUGCCAUGUGUGCAGAAACGGAUGCCAUGCUGGGUGAGAUACUUUCUGCUCUAAAUGAAACAGGACUGCUUGGAAGAACUCAUGUAAUAUUUACUGCGGAUCAUGGAGAACUUGCAAUGGAACACAGACAGUUUUAUAAAAUGAGCAUGUAUGAACCAAGUUCCCAUAUUCCCUUCCUUAUAAUGGGUCCAACUAUUAAGUCGCAGUCCAUAUCAAAUAUGGUGUCCCUUGUGGAUAUUUAUCCUACCAUGCUUGACAUUGCAAGUAUCCCCAUUCCCAAAAACAUCAGUGGAUAUUCACUGAUGCCUUUGAUAUUAGAAAAAGGAGAUUAUAAAGCCCUAUCUAGAGGGCUCCGUCCUCCUUGGAUUCUAAGUGAGUUUCAUGGCUGCAAUGUGAAUUCUUCAACCUACAUGCUGCGAAUUGACAAGUGGAAAUACAUUGCUUAUUCAGAUGGCCACUCCGUAUCUCCUCAGUUGUUUGAUCUUUCAACUGACCCAAAUGAACUAACAGAUGUAGCCACAAAGUUUCCAGCAAUCACACAAUCUUUGAACAAGAAGCUAUGCCAUAUAAUUAACUAUCCAAAAGUUUCUACCGCUGUCGAACAAUAUAAUAAACAACAAUUUAUCAGCUGGAAGCAAAGUUUAGGGCAGAACUAUUCAGAUACAAUAGCUAACCUCAGAUGGCAUUGGAGCUGGAAAAAGAACCCCAAAAAAUAUCAACAUGCCAUUGACACAUGGAUUAAUGAAUAAAUUAGUAAGAUUUCAGACAUUUGUACAUGGUAUUGAAUAAUUAUAUCUUGCUGCUGUAAAAGGGAACAUAAAAUCAAAAUUGUUCACUAUUCCCAGCCUCCCUAUCGCCUUAUAUAAAUUUACCCUACCAACCAAUUUCUUAAUUAGGGUGCAUUAGUCAGAUUCAAAACUAAUUUAAGAAGAAAACCUGAUAAUGGAUAACAUGAUGCUGCUAUCAGUUGUGUUGCAGAGAGGGUAAUGACACCACAUAUGCAGUAAUAAGAGCCCUGGUAGCGCAGCAGACUAAAGCACUGUUAUUAACAUCAGCUGCCUGCAAUUACUGCAAGUUCAAAUCUCACCAGGCUCAAGGUUGACUCAGCCUUCCAUCCUUUCUAAGAUAGGUAAAUUGAGGACCAGUUUGUGGGGGCAAUAAGCUGAUUUUGUAUAAAUAUACAAAAGUAUGAAGGCUAUUGCUUAACGCAUUGUAAGCCGUCCUGAGUCUUCAGAGAAGGGCGGGAUAUAAAUCAAAAAAAAAAAAAAGUGUGAUUGGGCAAAUGGUGACACCAUUACAUCAGUGUAUUCCAACAUCUAACAGAGUACUUCAGUUGUUGCAUUUAUACAAUCACAUGGUCAUGCAUGUUGUGACAUUUGCUCCCAUUAUUUUCCCAAUGUUUUGAUUGCCCUCAGGGCUUUUUUAAUGUAAAAAAAAAAUCAAACUUAUCAGUUCUUACCUCUCUAUUCAUACAAUAUAGCACUCAGAAGAUAAGAAACAUUCCAUGUACUUUUGAUUGAGGUUCUCCAAAUGGUGGCCUCUAACAGCUAUACAGUGUGAAUCCUUGGUGGCAUCUGAGUUUGGUUGUUUACUUGCAGAUAGUUCAUUACAUAUGCAUAUGUAUAUGCAUACCUGUCCCCAAUUAUAAAUAAAUUUCCCCACUGGAAUAUAAGCCAAAAAUUAGCAUUUCUGUUGAGGGCUGACUCUCCUCCCCUGGUAAGAGCGAUCACUCGAUACCUUAAAAGGUUGACGGCAAUACAAGCCAGUUAUAUCAAGGAAAAUUUUAUCGAUUGUAAGAAAGAUGAGCUCAGUUAGAGAGGAGCUAUCCUAUUUGGGUUAUCUAGUCUUGGCAACUUAGCUAUUGAAAUUUGAUAUGGUAAAAUUUUAAUGUCAGCUAUCAUAUAUUUUUAGAUUGCUAUUUUUGUAACUGUUUUAUCUUUUUCCCUUUUUCUUUUCUGUUUUGUUUGAAAAGGCCUUCGGGCUAUUCAAUACUCCUUAUGUAUAUGCAUACAUGCAAACAAAACAAGGUUUGGUUUGGGUGUUGUAUAUAUCCAGUCGAAUGUUGAUUCAAUAAGUCAUGAAUUAAGCAUAGCUUAGUUUGAGAUAUAAAUGCAGUCUAUAUCUAAUGUAAAAUAAAGUAUGAUAAGUCUAAAUUGUGAUUUAAGAGGAUAGCUCAACCUUGGCUCCCCGGGGCAUUAUUUGCUAUAAUUGCUGAGACUGUUGGAAAUUUUCAGUCCAAUAACAUUUAUCCAAAGGCUGAUUUAGAUAAAUAAGCCAACUUCAUAGUGCAAUUAUCAAGUGAACUAUAGUUGAACAAAACGAAUGGGAUUCAUAGUUUUGAUUAUGAGACAUAAUUAUGAAGUGCCGCUGGGGAUGCCAAAGUUAAAUAAAAUAUAUUUGUAGCAUCAAUGUUUAAUCUUAUGCAUAUUAUUUUUAAUUUAAAAAAAUCUAGCACUGCUCACAAUACAACAGACUCACAUUAAAAGAAAAGACAUGGGGCAAGAGGGUAAUUCAAAUGAUCUUGUGAACAAAUCCUUAUACUUUUACUGACUUGCUGAGAUGAGAAUAUGACCGCUUGCUAAGAAUAGGGGAAAUCCCAUAGCAGCUCUACAGUCUAUUGCAGUAUAAUAGUUGAGAGAGGCCAAAUUAAGUGGACAGCAGGAUUUAUAAAGUCACAUUCUGCAAACAGCAAACAUGAGGGCAUCAUUCUGCAAAGCAUAUUGUGCCAAAACUAGACUUUUAGACUAAAUAGCAUGCUAAGAACAGCCUUUCAAUCAUAUAUGAUUUGGAGCAGUGGAAAAGGCCAAAGCCUAAUUUCUUGUUCCUUGUCCCUUGUUUUUUAAGCAUUUUAUCUCUACUUGAGAACAAAUGAUCUAAGUGAUUCAUAAGUAAGUCUUCCAAGAUAAAAGUACAUAACACUGUAGCAGGUUGCAUCAAAACAUUUGGCCACCCAUUGAGCAAUGAUAGCUUGUGAAAAACUGCUUCCCAGACAUGUUUAGAACUAUCAAAAUACAGGGCCUGGUGGCUCAGCAGACUAAAAGCAUUGUGAUUAACAUCAGCUGCUUGCAAUUACUGCAAGUUCAAAUCUCCCAGGCUCAAGGUUGACUCAGCCUUCCAUCCUUUCUAAGAUAGGUAAAUUGAGGACCAGUUUGUGGGGGCAAUAAGCUGAUUUUGUAUAAAUAUACAAAAGUAUGAAGGCUAUUGCUUAACGCAUUGUAAGCCGCCCUGAGUCUCCGGAGAAGGGCGGCAUAUAAAUCAAAUUUUUAAAAAAAAUGUUGGCUGAAAUUAUUAAAGAGCAAUUUCUUA